GAGUUCCUCUUCCUGCUCCCAACACUUGUUCCCGACGGCCCUGAGCUGCAGCUCACUCGGCGACAGCACUGCCAGAGGUUUGUAUUGGACAAGUGCUCUCCAAGUGCUUCCACUGGCUGACCAUAGAUUUGUGAGCUCCACCACAGAAGAUGGAUUGCCUGAGAGUUGGAGCAGAACCGCAAAGCAUGCCUGAGGAGGUGGAUGAGACAACGGACUGGUGGGUCCCGCCUGAAGCUUCACAAGGCAGUUUUAUUGGUGAAGAACAAGGACCUUUUGAUUCUUUGAACUUUGGUGCUUCCUGGGUUGAUCUGCAUAAGGUUCAAAAGAGCCUCCCUGACGUUUCUCCCGAUUUAAGUGGAAGUGGAGCUGACGGCUCAUUCACAAACACUCCUCCUACUUUCAAGCACCAGCCCCACUUGAACUUACCAAGUAAAGACACUGGGUAUGAAUCCCGAGAGGAUACUGGAUACAGUCAGCUGGAUCAACCAGGGCCGCUCAUCUCUGGCCUGAAUGAACUGGAGCCUCCAGGGCCUCUGUUAUCCCAUAUGUACAGCAGGUUUACACCUUCUUACGCUCCAGCCUAUCCUCCUCCAUACCCUCUGGGAAUUCCUCCCUACUGGAACCAGCAGGGAUAUCACCAGCUACAAGCUCCACCACAUGGUGCAAAUUAUAAUCCUGCCGUCUGUGAGUGCAGCCAGUGCCAUGCCAAUGCACAUCCACACUUCCCCUUCACUCCACCCAUAAAAUCAAGACAGGAGAUGCCUGUGGCUCCUGCUCAGUUGCAUCCAGGUAUGAUGGCUGACUUCCUUCCUCCAUUCUUUUCGAGCUAUCAAUACGGUGGAGGUGCCCAGAGCAGCUUCAGGCAACUUGUUCAAGCACAGCAGGAUUUUGGAAAGGAAGCAGUUCUAGCCCAGCGGAAAAUACGUUCCCAACAGACCUCUGAUCGAAUUUCACACGUCCACCAACCUUUAUCAGCUCCACAAGACCUGCCUGCGAGCCGUGUCCCCAAAACAACUAGUCUUCCAGACGCAUUACGAAAAGUAUUUGUAACUUACUCCGUGGACGUAGCAGAUGAAAUUCUAAUAUUUGUCAACUUUCUGCGAACAAAUGGCUUUCAGGCAGCGAUUGAUAUUUUUGAAGACUCUGUUCGUGGUAUAGACAUUAUCAAGUGGAUGGAAGGUUACCUGACUAAUAGGGCAGUGAUGAUUGUAGUAGCAAUUAGUCCAAAGUACAAACGGGACAUUGAAGGAACUGAGUUGGAGCAGUUAAAAGAUGGACACAGUUUGCACACAAAAUACAUCCAUAAAAUGAUGCAGAUUGAGUUUAUACAGCAAGCAAGUAUGAACUUCAGGUUUAUUCCUGUACUGUUUGCCAAUGCCACCAAGGAUCACGUGCCUCACUGGCUGAACAACACGCUCAUUUACCAAUGGCCAAAGGACCAAAAGCGAAUACUUCUCCGUUUGCUGCGUGAAGAGGAAUAUGUUGCUCCACCUGUCGGACCACUGCCUACCAUCAAGACUGUCCCAGUUAUCCCCUUACCACAAUUUCCCGGCUCCUAAUUUAAGUUGUGUCAAACAUUCUUGCCUUAGUAAAAUUACUUUAGACUGUGGAGUGUGCAUGGUACAGUAUUGUGUUUAAACAAUGAGCCCUACAAAGCUGCUAUGGAGCUGAUUUCUUGGGAGUCUCUGGCAGUGCAGGUUCCACAUUGAUCACGUUAACAGCCUGUUGACUAGUAAAUGUACCAAACUACAGCACACUGGCUACCUAUUACUGAACUACUAGGUGUAAUACAUCACAAGAUUAGUUUGAGCGCCUUCAGCCCAUUUGUUCUCAUUUCUGUCUUCCCAUCGAGCUGUUUUGUAAAUGAUUCCUGUGUCCUGGCCCACCCUUCAAGUGGCAACCUGUUCCAGUUGUUAAUUACCCUUUGAAUAAACAAAUACUUUCUGGGGUCAGUCCUGAAAAUGUCCUUUGUAAUCCUAAACCUGUGUUCUUUUGUUCUGCUCAGGAUAUCCAAAAGUAAUUUUUACUGUUUCGAUCCCAUUUAGAAACGUGUAUUACUUUAUAAGGUCCCUCCUGAGAUGUCUUCUUUCAAAAUUGAAGAGGCUGAGUACUCAUAGCACAUUCCUUUAACCUGAGAUCAUCCUCAUUGAUCUCUCAGGUCUGAGCAGCCCCUUAUCCAACCAGCACUGUAAGCAGCACACUCUGGAUGCAGUCUGACCUAAUAUCACUUAAGUGUGAUGUCCGGGGGUCUGCAACUGAUUUUCCAGCAUCCUUUUUGCCUUUUUAAUGCUGAUGCACACUGUUUUGAUAUGGGUAUCGAUGAUUCAACUAACACCCCUAAAUCUCUUUCAUCUUUUCUUUGGCAAGUUCAUGGAGAACACGUGCUUCAUAUUCUCACCUCCCAAAAGUCAUGCCUUGGACUUACAUAAAUUGGUUGAUUUGCAAAUCAUCAGCCCAUGUGCAGACGAAUUAGGAUCUCAAGAACUGAAAAUUCAAGUUGUCUAUGUUUUACAUUUAAAAAAAACUUCUAUAAAUAUACCAAAAGCUGCAAAGACUAACAAUGCCAUAUUUUGUGCUUAUUGCAAAAAGUAACCCCAGUUUACAGUGCAUUCUGUGCAUUUGUUUAAUUCUGCUGUAUAAAAUUUGAGUAACAGUAGACAUACUCUAAGAGUGAGAAUGUGCUAGCUGAUGACCUUGACUUCCCCCAUUCCUUGUUGCGGUGCACAUGGAAAACAGAUGAUAUCAAUCCUUACACUGCAUUUGGCCGUUAAGUUCCUGAAAAUAUAAUUGAAAUUCAACUUUUAAUCUAUCACUGUACAAAAUAGAUUGCUCCAUUUUCAGAAGUGUAACCAUUGACUUGUAUUUAAAAUAAAUGAAACACAAUUUCCAUA